UCAUUUGAUAAUACCUAAUUGCAAUUGAUUAGGUAAAGUACGAAUGAUUAGUUAUUGAGUCAGUAUCAAUGAAACAAAAUGGCUGCUAGGUUAUUGUUAUUAUUAGUGUUUGUUUGUGUUUUACAGACUUUACAGUUAAGUGUGGAGGGGACUGUGUUGUGUGAGGAGGGAUUUUGUACGAAAUUCAGACAAGACACGAGAUGCGCGACACCAGCGGUGGAGUGUUCCAUCAACAACGCCACCCACUCCGGCAUGUUGCUGCCAUCAGCCACCAUCUGCAACUGUUGCGAGUACUGCCUGCCUCUGUUUAACGCUGGCCAGCCCUGUAGUCUUGGUGGGCCUGGAGAUGGCAUCACAGUCGGCAGAUGCGGCCACGGACUCACGUGCCAUAAUGAAACGAGGACUUGUGUUAGGAUGACUACAAAGUGUCACGACGACCAAGACGACUUCGACGCCCGGCAUGCGCGGGGUGAGACCGGGGUGCUGGAGAGACGACCAGAGUGUGACGUCAGAGGCGACUACGCCACCUACGACUGUGUGCCGUCGCAAACUUGCUUCUGCCAAUCAGAAGAAGGCGAAAGACUGUUUGGAGAAGUUUUGUUUACGGGGAAAAAUCAGGAAAUGCCUUGCGGCUGUUCUCGCAUGAUACAAAAAGUGGAGAAGUACAUAGCAUCUGGGUUGUCAUACCCAGUGGUAGGACUGCGAUGCACGUCGGACGGCAAUUUCAACCCUGUGCAAUGUAUAGAUAGGGUCUGUUAUUGCGUAGACACCAUCACUGGAGAGGUGGUGGGCACUGAUACCAUCAACUUGGACGAGCAACGCCCUUCUGAACUGCCAUGCUACAUAGAAGAACUGGACCUAUUCCCGAUAAGAAACGAUACGGAACCUCCCUACAACUACACCAGUCCCUGCUACGACAGCAUCAAAGAAAAGGAAGAAUUAAUAGAGCAGAGUAUUAAAGAUGGCUUCAAUGUGGACUUCUUCACCAGUUUCAACGCUGUCACUUGCAUGCCGGACGGCACUUUCGGCAGGACAACUAUCAACGCUAACGGAUCGAAAAUAUGCAUAGACAAGCGCGGAGAUCGAAUAGGAGAUUUUGAAGCAAGACCUAAUACUCCGGAAUUCAACAACAUGGAUUGUAAAUGUGCAAAAACAUCGAGUUUGAUGUCCGCGUCAACGGAGCGUCCGCGUUGCUGCAGCAACGGCAACUUCAGGCCUGUGCAGUGCCGUCGCGGGUUGUGCCGUUGCGUUGAUUCCGACGGACGACAAGUUGGCGCCGAGACCAGAGACGUCACGACAUUGCAUUGCUACACUGACGAUUGGAGGAAUUGCUGAUAAACUGUUAUGAAUAAAUGAAUUGUCAAUCU